UGGUUUUAAGGCUUGCUAUUUUCCAACAAAUAGAGGGACCUAGAGUUUAUACUGAGCCACCUCCGAGCAGCUGAUGGGGGCGACCGCAUUCAGAAAUUUUAGCUUAAUUUUUUAUUUAAAUUAAUUUUCUAUAAAUGACGGGGAUUCGAGCCCGAGCCUUAAAAUGGCAGUACGCACUGCUAACCACUCGGCUGCCGCGGCCGAACUCAGAUAUCGAUUUUUUAGAUUCUCAAUAAAUCCACAAUUUUCUACAUUUUGUUUAUUUAACAAACUUAAAAACUAUUAACAGUUAUGUUAAAUGGUCUUAGCAAAAUAGUAUUAAACAUUAAUCUCGAUUUCUCACGCUUUUACGUAUGUAUGUAAACACUAUAUGUAUGUCGGUAUGUACAUAGCAGAUAUAAAUUGGUUCAGUUUUCAUUCCAAAAGUAGGUUUAGUUAAUCAAUUAUCUUUCAGAAUCCAAUAGCGUUGCGUAAAGGAAAAUACAACAAAAACAUAUGGCAUAAAACAAUGAACCGUUAAAUGGUAUAUAUAGAUUUUUAAGUGAUUAAUAUGCUUGAGAGGUAAUUGCUUACAUUCACAUUCUUGUGACUGUGUAUAUUUUGUAGCGCAAAGUUCUUUCCCACAAAAAUGUUUCAAUGCUUUGCCUGGCAUUGACUGCAUACCGAAAUACAUACAUACAUACGUAGUGUUUUCGGCGAAAAAGAUCAAAACGUCUAGCAAAUCUUCAAGCUCAAUUACAGAGAUUGUUGGGGAAGGAAGAGGCCAUUCGAAAUGAACAAAAUACGUCUACGCACUCGCACCCAGUGAUCUUCUAUGCAUACAUUUGUAUGUACAUACGUGUAUGUACUUCCUCUUACUUCCGCUCCACCACUAGCAAACCGCAGUGGCGCCCAAGUCUGCUGAAUACCCAACCGGCCGGCUUCGUCAUCCAGCUCAAUGAUCCACUGAUAUACGUGUAUAUGUUCGAUAUGUGUGUUUGUGUGUAUACUCGUACACAUGACUAUCUGAAUUUGUAUUCUAGUCAUGCAUUCGGUCGUGCGAUGGUCGCUUUUCGUUGGCAAAAGGUAGUCUGUGGGCAUGAGAGUACAUUUGUGGCUUUGAUAUUUACUUUGUCAUUUCUAUCGGUAUUUUGGUGUUGUCAGUACUAAAUCAACUAGCAUGACAGUAACAACCAACAAACAGCACCGAGAGUAAUAGAUAACGCAAGCGUAGCAGCCGGAAAGGCACCAAUUAACCAAAUAAUCAACCAACCAAACACAACAACAAUAAAAACAACAAAUGUUUAACCAAGCGCAUAUUGAAUAAUAACAAUCCAACAAUUAAAGUGUCACUUUGUUAGUGUAAUUUUAAUGAAAAAGCUACCAAAACUCAUUUCAGAGUGUGCGAAGAGACAAUAUUGCGAAACAGCAAAUAAAUAACUGUAAAAAAGUUUAUUAAAAAAAAAAAAAAGUUCAAAAAAUCUGUCGUGAUCACUAGACAUCACAAUUUACGACAACCCAAUUGGCAUUACACACAGCCACCCUACGAAAUUUACGCAGAAAUAUGUCCGCCGAUUCAAAAUUCAAAUUAACGGAGAUCGAAGGGGAUCUCUUCAGCGCACCAGAAACACAUUCUCUGGCGCAUUGUGUGGGCGCUGAUUUCGCGAUGGGCGCUGGCAUAGCAGUGAAGUUUAAACAAAUCUACGGACAAGUGGACAAUUUGCGAGGACAAGGCGUGCAAUCUGGCGGUGUUGCCGUAUUACAAGAUAAAGAUCGGUAUAUCUAUUAUUUGGUGACGAAACCACAAAGUUGGGGUAGUCCUACCUACGAUAGCUUGCGUUCCUCCUUGGUGGCGAUGCGAGAGCAUAUGCGCAAAAGCAAUGUACACAAGUUGGCUAUACCGCGCAUUGGAUGUGGCAUCGACGGACUGGAAUGGGAUAAAGUGAGCAGCGAAUUGCAUCGGGUGUUUGAUAGCGAGGACCUGGAAAUUGUUGUAUACAAUUUUGUGCCCAAGUAGUAUCGUUACCACGACGAUUUGAUUUCAACCAUUUUAAAAUGUUAAUUUUGUCAUUCAAUGCUGAGCAUUACUGAAAAAUGUCUGUAUUUAUGUACAGAAAAUUGUAUAUUUACAACAAUGGAUUAAAGACUUCAUAAUUGUUUAUAACAAAA